AUGAUGCCAGUGGCGACGGUGAUGUCGAUGCCGAUGCCGCCGAUGCCGUACUCAUGCUCCGUGGGGGCAGGCGCCUCGCUGCCCUCCCCAGGGUACAUCCCGCCGGCAGACGUCCAGACCGCCGCCAGACUGGGGGCCAGCGGCAAUGGCGGGCUGGGCAGCACACCGCCACCGUCGCCUCCGGAGGCGCUGGCAUUCUUGCCCGUGGUCUUUUGGGUCCGCUCCCACUCCGCCUCGUACUACGCCCAAGAGCCACGCCCCUCGGUCCCGCUCUGGAUUGCGCGGCCCGGCGCCUUCACGCUGCCCUUCUUCGCGGCCGCCUACCUGACCCAGCUCGCUUCGGGCAACGGACGGCUGGCGGGACACGUCUGGUGCGCCGCUUGCAUCCUCAUCCCCGCCACGGCUGUCGCGACCAUGUUUUUGCGGCCGGCCGCGGCCAUCGAGUCGGAGCUCGACCACCACACGAGCAGUUCGCCGCUCAAGUUCGCCGUGACCUUCUCGCUCGGGUUGGUCCACAGUGCACAGCCGCGCAGCACCUCGUUCAAGCUCCUCCUCGCGGCGGCGUUGGUCGCGCUGGGCUCGUCGAUCCUCGCCGUCGCCUACCUCCGCACGGGCGACGGGCGGUGGGUGCGGACCGUCAUCCACCCGCUCGGCUUGCCGUUUGCCCUGCCGGCCCUACUCCCGCACGCGAUCGAGGCGGAGUUUCGGCGCGGCGUGACGAGAGCUCUCCAGCGCCUGAGAGGCGACGGCCGCCGGCGGCACCGCGGCGGCACACGUGUAUACGCUUUGCGUCCAGCGCUAGGGGACGCAGCGGUCGUCGCGUCGUCGCCCGCGGAGCCUGCGUAA